CAGUGCGUCCCUGGAAGGGCGGUAUUAGGAGUCAUCCAGAAUGACGCAGCCACUGGCACUGGCAUUAGGCGCAUCACGUGACUGACACUCCCCCUUCCAUCGGCCGUGUUGCGGUUGGUUGCCAUGGCGGCGGAUGCUUAGUAACGGGGGAGGCGAUACAUGCGCAGAACGACGACCGCUACGGAUUGUGGGAAGGGGAAGACUGGCCGGUACUGAUCCUACCGAGCCAGAGCCUUGGAGACCGAUGUAAACAAGAACCAGAAUCCCGCACCGAGUGCCCGCUCACCCGUCAGGUUCCCGCCCCAAAGCGGACGCCUCUCCCGGUCUUCCGGGGAUGGAGCCCGCUGUUCUCCGCCGCACGCAGGAGUCCCUGGGGAAAGUGAUCAGGAAGCCCCCGCUGACCGAUAAACUGCUGGGGAAGCCGCCAUUCCGGUACCUGCACGAUAUCCUGACUGAGGUUAUCAGAACUACUGGGUUUUUGAAGGGUUUGUACACAGAAUCCGAACUGAAAUCAGAUAAUGUGAAGGAUAAGGAUGCCAAGAUUAGCUUCCUGCAGAAGGCCAUAGAUGUGGUUGUGCUGGUGUCUGGGGAGCCUCUAUCGGUGAAGCCGGCUCGGGUGGUGGCUGGACACGAACCAGAGAAGACCAAUGAGUUCCUUCAAGCCAUGGGGAAAUGCUGCUUAAAUAAACUGUCCAGUGAUGAAGCAGUGAAGAGGGUUCUGUCGGGCGAAAAAGUGGACCUCAAAGGGAAGCCGCCAUCAAGUUCCAAAUCUCAGGACAAGGAAAACAGAGAGGCUAAGGAUGAAGAGCGGAGAAGUCAGAGGGAGAAGGAGGACAGAAAAGAGCCUGAAAUCCGUGAAAGAAGUGGAAGUAGAGAAAAAAUAGAUAGACAAAAGCUAAAAGAGGAAGAGCGAAAACACUCGGAGAGAGAAAAGAAGAAGGAACGAGAGAGAGCGGGAGAGACUGAGAGAGAUGGUUUACGGGAAGGGGAGAAAAAUGAAAAGGAAAAGAGCAAAGUUAGAGAAUCCCGGUCAGAAAGCGAUAAAAACAGAGGUAAAGAAAAAUCUGAGCAUGAUCGAGGCAGGGAGAAGGAAAGACGAAGUGACGGAAGCCAUGGGAAAGAGAAGGACAGAACGAGAGAUAAAGAAAAAGUGAGGGAGAAAGAUCUGGAGAAAGAGAGAGAUCCUGAAGAUCGCAGCCGUGAAAGAGAACGAGAACAUAGAGAACGUAACAGAGAUCAAGAAAAGUCACGUAGCCGAGACCACGAUAAAGAGCGUAGAAGGGAGAGAGAUCCAGAAAGGGCAAGAAGAAAAGAACGAAGGGAUAAUGAGCAUCAGACUGGAAAAGAAGAAAAGCCACAAGAGGAGGAGAGAACAGAACGCAGGCAUAAAACAGCAGAAGAGUCUAUCAAGAAAACCUCAGAAGUCUCUGAGAGGGAAAACAAAUCAGUCAGUGAUAAAGAGAAGCUAUCUGUUCCAGCCAGAAGUGCUCGGCCAUCCGCCUCAAAACUAAGGGAGAGAAAACCUGCCAAACCUAGUGGAGAAGGAGAGUCAGCUAGUGAUGAUGAGGGGAGAACUGCAGAGCUCCAGAACUCGGAGAGCAAUGACGUUUCUGAUGCACAGGCAAAUAUUGCUGCACUAAGGAGGAUCCCUCGGCCCGGAAGUGCACGGCCUGCACCACCAAGAGUUAAACGUCAGGGCAGUGUCGAAGUUGUUGCCCCUGAAAGGGUCAGCAGUGGAAAGGGUAUAUCCAACGUGAUUGUGGACAAGCAAAAAGAUGACGGUGAUGACGACAGUGAGUUUGUGGUGGAGGAAGCUCCUCCUCAGCUGUCUGAGAUGCCCGACAUGCAGCUGGAGCCAGAGCUGGAUCUCGCUGGGGAUGAGAAGCACGGCAGUCUGGUUAAGAAAAUCCUAGAGACCAAGAAAGACUAUGAGACAAAACCUGAUGCAGUCAGUAAGGACAAAUUGAUCCUGUCUGAUACUGGAAGAAAAAAGGAGAAAGAACUGGUGAUGAAGGAGAUAGAGAAGCUGCGGAGCUCCAUCCAGAUUGUGUGCCGCAGCGCUCUACCUUUGGGGAAGAUCAUGGAUUACAUCCAAGAGGACAUGGACACCAUGAAAAACGAGCUGCAGACCUGGAGAAGGGAAAACCGGGAACAUGCAGAAGUGUUACAGCGGGAGCAGAGCGUUACCGACACAGCUGUGGAACCUCUCAAGGCAGAACUUGCAGAGCUUGAGCAAUUGAUCAAAGAGCAAAGGGAUAAGAUCUGUACAGUCAAAGGGAAUAUACUACGGAAUGAAGAAAAAAUCCAUAAGAUGGCCCAGAGCAUCAGUGUGCCUAGCAGAGAGUAAAUCAUGCACUGACUUUUCCUCGUUACGUUACCACAGUGGCAAACUCUCUUCUAUCACCCAGAUUCAUACACCUAAAUCUGUUCAGGGUGAGUGUUUUGUAUUGUGUACGUUCCCUGGGGGGGGGUGUGCGCCGUACCCUGGCAGGAAGCUGCCCCUACUUUGGAGUACUCGGCUUGUUGUUGGUUUAUCUCCAUAACCAUGCUAACACCUAAUCUCUCUCGCAGCAAAUCAUUUCUCCCUUCCAAUGGAUUUAGUGGUGUAUUCAAUAGAUGUCUGAUCCUUUCCAAAGCGAAGGAUCUGACAUGUAAGUAUUCGAUGAGCAGCCAAAACCUGCCGGAUUUGGCCGUUCCCGAUGCCAACCCAACUUUUUUUAAAGUUGGAUUGAUAUUGUCUGAAACGGGGCCAAUACCUGUCACGUUUAGCCGCGUUUCCGACAAUACACGUGGAUCAGCCGCCAAUCCGCAUGCUUUCCGGUAAAUCGGAUUUCCCGACAAGUCGAAAAAAGGGGGCAGUAUUGAUUAGGUCCGAGCCCCUUCUGACCUAAAACGGUCGGAAACUGCCAUCUUUCCGACAAGACAGCAGUUUCUGACUUGAGUUGAAUACCCCCUAUAACCUGCAUUCAUUCUUAAUGAGCAUAUCAGGCUUUUUGUAAUAGCUAGGCAAGGGCGCAAUUCGGGCAAUAUAGCCUGUACUUUUUAAAAGCAGCAAUAAUUGGUUGGUUUUGCCUUUUAAAUUAUUGCCACUUUAAAAAUAUGGGAGUCACAGCCAUGCCUGCAUCUCACAGAACACCCAUGGUGUCUGUCCAUGUCAUAUGUAAAGCACAAUGGGUAUUUCAUAGCGGAGUUUAGAUAUAACAGCUCCUUGUUUUACUUUAAUCUCUGUGUUACACACAGACGUCUCUGCGUUUUCCAGCCAGAUAAAACCUUAGCACUUUUUUAAAAUUAAAAGCUUUUUUUGAGAUUAGCCCAUUACAUGCUGUAGGUCCCUGAUUUCCCCCCCGUAGUGCAUCAUUUCAUUGUCAUCCAUACAGUUCCCACACAGACUGCUGCUAUAAGUCCGUAACAUUGUGUUGCACAGGUGAAUGAUCACAAAUAGGACGUAUGGACUGCAGAUUUUAUAUUUUGUUGUGUACAAAUUAUUUAUAUACGUUUAAAUUACAGACGUCCAUUUGUGUGAAUGUUUUGUAAAACUUGAACUAUUACAUUCUAUCAAGUUAUGUUUAAACUUUUUGUUUUUUAAUAAAAAAUAAAUACAUCAAAA